AGGGGGAGCGGCCCCACCCGCCCCGGCCCCGGCCUUACCCAGCCGCUCCGCCGCCUGCAGCCCCGGCCGCGGUCGCCGACCGCCGUGCCCCGCCCCGUGGCCGCCACGGCUGCUGCUAUUGCUCCUCCGGCUGCGGCCACUGCCGUCGCUCCGGCACCCGCCACCCUCACCGCCCUCACCACCCUCACCCCUCCCGGUGCCGCCGCAAAAUCAGCCCCGCGGCCGCCAAGCGAUCCCGACUCCGCGCGACACUGGGUGCGCGCGCACGCAGAGAGGCGGCGGCGCACUUUGCGGCGGCAGCGUGAGUGCCUGACGCUUGCCGGUGUCCUCGUUUCGCACGUGGCGCCCGCAGAGGCACGGUACUGCUGUUGCUUCUGCUGCCCCUGCUGUUUCCACAGCCAGCAUGAAGCGACCGAAGUUAAAGAAAGCAAGUAAACGCAUGACUUGUCAUAAGCGAUAUAAAAUCCAAAAAAAGGUUCGAGAGCACCAUCGAAAAUUGAGGAAGGAGGCUAAAAAACGGGGUCACAAGAAGCCUAGGAAAGACCCAGGAGUUCCAAACAGUGCUCCCUUUAAGGAGGCUCUUCUUCGGGAAGCGGAGCUGAGGAAACAGCGGCUUGAAGAAUUAAAACAGCAGCAGAAACUUGAGAGGCAGAAGGAGCAAGAAAAGAAAAGAAAACUUGAAACUAACCCUGGUGUUAAGCCAUCUAAUGUGGGUCCUGUGGAGGAGGAAUUUGCGCAACACAACUCUAAGAAGAAAGCCAAGUCGGGCAAACAGAGUAUAAAGAAGUUAUAUUGUCAGGAACUUAAAAAGGUGAUUGAAGCCUCAGAUGUUGUACUAGAGGUGUUGGAUGCUAGAGAUCCCCUUGGUUGCAGGUGUCCUCAGGUAGAAGCCAUUGUUCACAGUGGACAGAAAAAGCUGGUACUUGUAUUAAAUAAGUCAGAUCUGGUACCAAAGGAGAAUUUGGAGAGCUGGCUAAAUUAUUUGAAGAAAGAAUUGCCAACAGUGGUUUUCAGAGCCUCAACAAACCUGAAGGACAAAGGGAAGAUAAGCAAGGUAAAGAAGAAAGCUGCUCCAUUCAAAAGUGAAGUCUGCUUUGGGAAAGAGAGCCUUUGGAAACUUCUUGGAGGUCUUCAGGAGACUUAUGGCAAAGCUAUUCAAGUUGGAGUAAUUGGUUUCCCAAAUGUGGGGAAAAGCAGCAUCAUCAAUAGCUUAAAACAAGAACGGAUAUGUAAUGUCGGUGUAUCCAUGGGGCUUACAAGGAGCAUGCAGGUUGUUCCCUUGGACAAACAGAUCACAAUCAUAGAUAGUCCUAGCUUCAUCGUGUCUCCACUUAACUCUUCCACUGCACUUGCUCUACGAAGUCCGGCAAGUAUUGAAGUAGUAAAACCAAUGGAGGCUGCGAGUGCCAUCUUGUCCCAGGCUGAUGCUAGACAGAUAGUACUGAAGUAUACUGUCCCAGAUUAUAAGAAUUCCCUGGAAUUUUUUACUAUGCUUGCUCAGAGAAGAGGUCUGCACCAAAAAGGAGGAAGCCCAAAUGUUGAAGGUGCUGCCAAACUGUUGUGGUCUGAGUGGACAGGUGCCUCUUUAGGUUACUAUUGCCAUCCUCCUACAUCCUGGACUCCUUCUCCACAUUUUAAUGAGAGCAUUGUGGCAGACAUGAAAGGGGGCUUCAAUCUGGAAGAACUGGAAAAGAAUAAUGCACACUGCAUGCAAGCCAUCAGGGGCCCUCGUUUAGCCAACAGCGUCCUUUUCCACUCUUCGGGCCUGACAAACGGAAUCAUAGAGGAAAAGGACAUACCUGAAGAAUUGCCAAAACAGAAAGAGAGGAAGCAGCUGGAGGAUGAUGAAGUUGUGGACAGUGACCAGGAAAGUAUUGACGGGGAAAACGUUGAUGAAAAGAGCUCAGACAUGUCCCCUGCAGAAGAGACACAGGAGGCACUGCCUGAGGAGUCUGCAGCAGGUGAACAGUCUAUAGGAUCUUUUACCUUGGAUAAAACAACUGAAGAGGAUGAUGCUUAUGAUUUCAGUAUGGGUUACGUAUAGCAGAACCUUGUCUUUUAUAAGGAGUUUUCUUCACGUUUUAAACAGACUUUACCUAUAUAAUGUGCCAGUUUGUUACAGUAUGACGUGAGCUGUGUAAAUUUUGUGGAUAUGUAUCUUGAUAUAUUCAUUAAAACCAUCAGACAAUUCAGAAA